AAAUGAGAACACAAUUUUCGAAGUGGAGUGUAAAUGCAUUGCUGUCAGAACAGCAGAAUGGUUGAAUUUGAUUUGUCUGUAUCCGGAGUCUGGUAAAUGUUUCCUUUAUUACUGAAGACAGCGCUCGGGUUUAGAAGUGCAGCUGUAGGGGUUUUGUAUAGGUAUUGUUCUCAACACUGCGUUUGACGCUUGGUGCCUUUGUCUUGUUUAGAAGACAAUCGGCAGCUGGAGCGCCAUAACUAACCGUCUUUAAAAACACGAAAAUAGUGUCAAACCAGUACCAACUGUAUUUAUAUUUAUGCGGAAGCUUUACUUCACGAAGAAGAAAACUCAUACAGUAUCGAGUCUGAUCUCUUCUGGGAGUAAGCAUUUUUUUCUGAAGAGGAUUUUUUUUUUCAAUUGAGCAAAAUGUGUACCUCUUGUCUGGGACAGGUGGCGUGUUGCUGUGGAUCAGCUGCUUGCUCUCUCUGCUGUAGUUGCUGUCCGAAGAUCAAGCAGUCCACUGGAACCCGCUUCAUGUACACACUCUACUUUCUGCUGGUCACUGUCAUCUGCGUCAUCAUGAUGUCUCCCACAGUAGCGGAAGGGAUGAAAGAACACAUUCCCUUUUACAAGGACCUGUGUGAACACAUGAAGGCCGGUGUGAAUUGUGAAAAGCUGGUGGGUUACUCAGCCGUCUACAAGGUCUGCUUUGGGAUGGCCUGCUUCUUCUUUACCUUCGCUGUUUUCACAAUCAAAGUACAAGACAGCAUGAGCUGCCGGGCACGCGUCCAUAACGGGUUCUGGUUCUUGAAAUUUGCAGUCCUGCUCGCCUGCUGCUCGGGAGCCUUCUUCAUUCCGGAUCAGGACACAUUCCUUAAUGUGUGGCGCUAUGUCGGGGCAACAGGAGGAUUUCUCUUCUUGGUCAUCCAGCUCAUCCUCCUAGUGGAGUUUGCCCACAAGUGGAACAAAAACUGGAGUUCAGGUACAAAGCACAACAAGCUGUGGUAUGCGGCUCUGGCCCUGGUCACGCUCGUUCUGUUCUCAGUGGCCGUGGGGGCCCUGAUUCUGAUGAGUAUAUUCCACACCCAUGCAGAGGGCUGCACACUCAACAAGAUAUUCCUGGGGGUCAAUUCUGGCCUUUGCCUAUUCGUCUCAAUGCUGGCCAUCACUCCAUGCGUUCAGAAACAUCUACCAAACUCUGGUCUGCUGCAGUCAGGAGUUAUCAGCGUCUAUGUCAUGUACCUCACGUACUCUGCACUGGCAAGCAAACCUGCAGAACAAAUUAAGGGGCCGAAUGGUAAUAACAUUACCAUCUGUGUCCCUUCCUUCAGCUCAGGCCUACAGGAUGAGAACAAGCUAGUUCCAGCUCUGGGCACCAUUAUAUUGUUUGGCUGUGUUCUGUAUUCCUGUCUGACCUCUACAACACGAUCGAGCACUGCGGCUCUUCGGGUGUGCAAGACCAAUGUCCCUGACAACGAGGUGGCGCGCUGCUGUUUCUGCUGUCGCCCAGAAGAUGAUGGUGAUUAUGAACUGGAUAAUAAACUUGGAGGGCAGGCAGUGAUAUAUGAUGAGAAGGAAGGCACGGUUUACAGCUAUGCGUUUUUUCACUUUGUCUUCUUCCUCGGAUCUCUUUACGUCAUGAUGACUGUCACUAACUGGUUCCAUUUCGAUGAUGCGAAAAUUGAGAAGCUGUUCCAUGGGAGCUGGUCCACCUACUGGAUCAAGAUGGCUUCCUGUUGGGUCUGCGUCUUUCUCUACACCUGGACUCUCAUUGCACCCACUGUCUGCCCAAAAAGGGAGUUCAACAACUGAGGGACUCUGAGCACUGCCUUCCUCCACCUUACUGUCAACUGGUUACGUGUGAACAUGUU